GACUUAUUUCCUGGUCGCCAUUUUGAAAAGAGUUGGAAAAUUGGUUUUAUUUCGAAUUUAACAAAAUGGCAUCAGCGCUACAAGUAUUGUCAGGGGAGGAAAUAAAUUUUCUUAGAGUCGCCAAUUUGUUGAUAAGACAUUCACCAAAAGCUGUUAGAAUCUUAUUUGAUAGGGAGUUUAAUCCAAGUGGUUUGACAUCAGUGCUUUCGAAGAACAGGGUUAAACUAGAUAAGUUGAAAAAGAAACAUGUCAUUACACAGAUGCAGUGGAGCUUAUUGUUUCCUUCGGGUUCCCUUCCAGACUCCAGUAGUUUUGAUCUAACAUUGAUGGUCUGUCUUCUUCGAAACCUGACAAAAAUAACCAUUCAGGAUAAGCUACCACGACAAUCUGAUAUUAGUGAAGGAGCUGCUGUAUCUAGGAUAAAGUUUUACCGGAAUCAAAUUGCCCAUUCUGACUCCGGUGCGAUGUCUGACUCAGAAUUCAGUAAAACCUUUGAUGAAGUGUCUAUGGCAAUAGAAAUUAUCUGUCCUCCUAUGAAAACAGAUUGUGAGACAUUAAAACUAGCCCACAUAGAUCAUUCAGUCCAUGAUAUCUACUUAGAGUUUGUUAAGAAUGAAAAACAAAUGGGAGAAAUGAAACAGCAACAGAAAGAACUUGUUGCUCAAGUUGAAAUCUUGAACGUUGAAAGGCAGAAUAUAGAAUCAAUUCAAACCGAAGAAAUCACAGAAUGGAAAAAGAAAUUAGAGACGUUUCAUGUGACUGAAGCUGCUAACAGAUUAAUUAAAAUAGUCAAAGACAAGCAAUGCACUAUUAUAACAGGUGUACCCGGAUCUGGAAAAUCUGCAAUUGCUUAUCAUGUAGCUAUAUGCAUGCAAGAAACAGAAGGCUACACAGUUGUACCUGUAUGGAUACCAUCAGAACUGAUAAAAUUGGCAAAUUCUAAUGCUAAACAACUUUUUAUUUUUGAUGAUGUUUUCGGUAAAUAUUCUUUGAACGAAUUCAACCUUAACUGCUGGGAAUCUGAGACAAGACGUAUAAAAAUGUUAUUGAACAACAAAGUCCUUAAAGUAAUGGUGACAUGCAGAUCCUAUUUAUAUGACAAUGUUAGAGACAGCUUAUCUUCUCAAUCUUUUGAACAUUUUAACAUGCAAUCAGAUGAAUUAAAGUUAUCUUUAUCUGAAAGAAAAGAAAUCAGUAAGUUGUAUCUAACUGACGACGUUGUGAGUCACCUGCAUGAUGAAACUGUUAUGAUGUACAAUUUUUUUCCUUUACUUUGUGUCAUGUUUAAAGAAAAGAAUAUGGACAAUGCUGAUUUCUUUCAAAACCCUAGUCAGUUUAUAGAAAACGAAAUUGAAAAUUUUAGAGGUACAAGGGACUUAUCGUUUAUAUGUCUAGCACUUCUAGUUUUAUCAAAUAACUCAAUCGAGAAAGACGGUCUUCAGAUGGGACAAGAUAAAUACGAUAAAAUAUUAAAAGAUUUGUUUGAUGAAUUGGAUAUCCGAAAAUAUCCGUCAAAAAUUUCAAUCUUGUUAGAACUUCAACAUUUAAAAAAUAUGUAUCUUGAUGAAACAGAAUCUACAUUCUGUACAAAACAUGAUAAAAUUUUUGACAUUGUUUCUCAUAGCAUAGGACAAUUUAUGAUUCGCAGUAUAUUAAGACAUGGAGAAUCGGCGUUCAUUAGUAGUAGGUGUCAAUUAACCUCUCUCAAUGAACAAUAUGGUCAAUAUACCAUUAUGAUAUGCGAUGAACUAAAAACCAUGUAUUUCGAGCGUAUCUUAAAAGACAUUGACAAUGGUUUUAACUGGGAUGUUUUUGCUAGCAUUCAAAUGAAAUUUGAAAAAUAUAGAAGUUUGUUAAUUCAAUACUUAGAGAAGUCCCGUAAACAAAUGCAUUUAUCAAGAAAAGAUUGCACAACUGCAUUACAUGUAACUGCAGCAACAGGUUAUUUUGACAUGUCAAAAUUUUUGGUCGAAAAAUGUAGAAAACAGAUACUUUCUCUUGAUAGUGAAAAUAGAUCUCCUUUACAUUAUGCCGCAAUGAACGGUCAUUAUGAAAUUUCAAGUUUUUUUUUACGAAAUGGUGCUAGAAUUGGUCAGAAAGACAAUGACGCGUUCACUCCUCUAUUAGAAAGUUGCAAUAAUGGAAAUUUGAAAGUCACCGAAGUAUUGUUAAAACAAAGUAAUGCAAGUGUAAACAUAUGUGGUAAUGAUGGUUGGUAUCCACUGCACAUGGCAGCAUCUGAGGGAAAUAGCGACCUUAUCAAAAUUUUAGUUAGGCAUAAGGGUAAAGUGAACAAGCAAAUGAAAAACGGAAUGACACCAUUGUAUCUAGCUUGUCAUUGCGGUCAUUUACUGGCAGUGAAAUUAUUACUAGAGAGAAAGGCCGAUGCUAAAAAAUGUGAAAAUGAAAGAUGGUCUCCGCUAAAUAUAGCAUGUUCGAACGGGUUUAUGGAAAUAGCUGAUGUUCUAAUUGUUCAUGGGGCAGAUGUAAAUACAGAUAACAAUACGGGACAAACACCACUCUAUAAUGCUUGUAGACAAAAUAACACGAACUUAGUAAAAUCAUUACUUCAUCACCAGGCGGACGCAAAUAAGUGUACACACAAUGGAUGGAGUCCAUUGCAUAAAGCAUCUAGUCAAGGUAAUGCCGAAAUAGUGAAUACAUUAUUGAUUCAUGGUGCUUCCGUUAAUCAGUGCAAUGAAAAUGGUUUCAACCCGCUUCAUGUAGCUUGUGCCGAUGGUAAUGAAAAUACUGCUGAAAUAUUAAUUAAAGCGGGCGCAGCAGUUAAUAAGGUAAACAGGACUGGAAAUACUGCAUUACUUUUAGCUUGUAACAAUAGGCAUAAUGAAAUAGCUAAGUUAUUACUCGAUAAUGGUGCAGAAGUAAACAGUCCUGCUGAUGAUCGUCGGACUUCACUAUACAGUGCCUCUGAAGGCGGAAAUAUAGAUCUUAUUAAAAUUUUGAUGGAACAUGAUGCAGACGUUAACUUUCAAAUGAAAAAUGGAAUGACGCCGAUUUAUAUAGCCUGUGUAAAUAAUCAUAUAGAAACAGUUAAACUGCUGUUACGUUAUAAUGCUGACAUAAAUAAAUGUGAAGAAACUGGAUGGGGUCCGUUACAUGUUGCUUCUCAUAGCAGCCAUAAGGAAUUAGUUGAGUAUCUUUGUGAAAACAGUGUUGCAGAAGUAAACUGUUAUAUCAAUGAAAAAUACUCGCCUUUAUAUCUUGCGUGUCAGGUUAAUAAUGAAGACAUCGUAAAACUAUUACUAAGAUAUGGUGCUUCCAUAAAUCAUGGGGAUCAAAAUGGUUUCACUUUGUUCCAUAAAGCUUGUUCCGAAGGUGAUAUCAGUAUAGUAGAACUGUUAAUCAAAGAGGAUGCAGCAGUAAACCUCCGUGAUAGGGAUGGUAAAACGCCAUUAUAUAUAGCCUGUGAUCGCAGACAUAUAGAUGUGGUCGAAUUGUUACUGAAACAUGGCGCAGAAGUAGAUAAAGCCGCAAAAGUUGCUACUGAGGCAGGCUGGACACCUCUGCAUGUUUCCGCAUCUUCCGGAGAUACGCGUAUUACUGAAUUGUUAUUGCAAAAUAAUGCAAUCGUAAAUUUAGAAGAUCGAAACGGACAUACACCUUUAUAUUAUGCUACUCAAAACAAAUUUAAUGACAUUAUUGAGUUUCUUGUUAGUCAUGGAGCCAUUUUAAGUGACAGUGAUGUUCGAAACACAGAAUCAAAAAGACGAAAACGAUGUUCCGUUCAAUGA